AUGACCAAACAAGAAAAUACCAAUGUUACUGCUGCUGCUACUACUUCUAAUACCUCCACUUGUACUAACCAUAAGGCGAACCAGUCAAAGAAACAACCACGUUCGAGAGGCCGUAGAGUUUCCAGUGUUCCCAACUGCAGCACUCGUAUGUUUACUUGUAAAGCAGAUGGCUGUGGUAAAGUUUUCAAAAGAUCUGAACAUUUAAAAAGACAUAUACGUUCAAUUCACACAUUAGAAAAACCUUUUGAAUGCCCAUACCAAAGUUGUAACAAACGUUUCUCAAGAUCGGAUAAUUUAAACCAACAUAUCCGCAUUCACCGACAUAGCAAUCAAAAGGAUCAUAACAAUCAUAUGUCUUCCACUUCUAAAACAUCUGCCAAAGCUGCUUAUAUGAAACUAAGUCAUCCUUCUCCUCCCACUACUACUGUCAGUAGCAUCCAUUCUCAUUCUCAUCCACAUCAUCACACUCAAAGUCAAUAUCAGCAUCAUUAUACCUCUUCUAAUACUCAUACCACCUUUGCUAAUUUUAUUUAA